GUUGCUCCCCUUUGCAUGAAAUUAAGAAAAAAAAGAAAAAAGCUCUUCUUCAUCAAUCAUCAUGAUGAUCCAAUGUUGACAUCAUAUUCAUGAUUGGUUCAAACCCCAAAUACAAAAAUAAAAAAAGAUUAAGAAUUGAAGAAAAGGAAAAGGAGCCCACCUCUUAAUUUUCCCACAAUUUGAAUCCUCAUGCGUUGCCCAAACCCAAAAGAAUCCCCAAAUCCAAUUCGUAUAUAUAAAUCCCCUAAAUCCUCUCCUUCCCAAUUCACUUUCAUGAAAUUUUCACUUUCUCCCUUUUUCAAAUCCCCCGCCAUUACUGUUUCUCCCAAAUUCUCCUUCUCCAUCGCCUCCGCCGCCAUGUCCUCUUCCGAUCACUCUCCCCCUGCCUUCGACCGUCCUCGCUCCGUCAUCAAAAAGAUUCUCGCUAAACUCCAACACGAAGGUGACGGCGCUGUCGUUCGUCGCGGCAUCGGAAGGAAUGAUUUAAAGAAUCUAGAUCCGUUUCUUAUGCUCGAUGAUUUCUCCGUCAGUCCGCCUGCUGGAUUUCCCGAUCAUCCUCACAGAGGUUUUGAGACAGUGACAUAUAUGUUACAGGGAGGGAUUACCCAUCAAGAUUUUGCUGGCCACAAGGGUACAAUCAGAACAGGGGAUGUCCAGUGGAUGACAGCAGGAAGAGGUAUAAUUCAUUCAGAAAUGCCUGCUGGUGAAGGAUCUCAAAAGGGUUUGCAACUUUGGAUCAAUCUAGCAUCCCAUGACAAAAUGAUGGAGCCAAGGUAUCAGGAGAUCUCAAGCGACAACAUACCGAGAGCGGAGAAAGACGGAGUGGAAGUUCGUGUGAUAGCAGGAGAAUCCAUGGGAGUUCAUUCUCCAAUCUACACAAGAACUCCAACUAUGUACCUUGACUUCACUUUGAGACCAAGAGCUCAAGUGCAUCAAAGCAUCCCAGACACAUGGACAUCUUUCGUGUACAUAAUCGAGGGGGAAGGUGUGUUCGGGUCGUCAAACUCGUCGCGGGUAGCAGCACACCAUGUUCUAGUAUUGGGAGGUGGAGAUGGGGUAAGUGUGUGGAACAGAUCUUCAAAGCCAUUGAGAUUUGUGUUGAUUGCAGGGAAGCCAUUGAAUGAACCAAUAGUUCAAUAUGGACCAUUUGUUAUGAACUCACAAUCUGAAAUUGACCAAGCAAUCGAAGACUACCAUUAUGCUAAAAAUGGGUUUGAAAUGGCAAAGUAUUGGAGAUCUCAGUGAUUAUUAUUAUUAUAUAUUAUUGGAGAAAAGAGAGAAUAAAAUGGUCAAUGUCUUAAUCCAAAACAGAGCAACAAAAGUGGUAGCUGAAAAGGAAGAUAUUUUUUAUAAAUGUAAGAAAAGGAAAGGUUUCUAGAAGAUCUCAAUAUGGUUAUAUCAUUCAAGUUAUGAUGAGGAUGGAGUUGGGGUCAGCUUAUAAUCUUAAGUCAAAAUUUAUGUUUUUCAUUAUUUUAUUUUUCUUGUUGGUAAAAUGGGUGUAAUAGUUUUUUUUUCCUUUUUUUCUUUCAUUAUAAUAUUUUACCAUUUCUUUUGUUGGCUAAAUAUAUUAACUAAUGUUAAGAGUUAA